GCGGGGGCUCGAACCUGUCAACCAGGCCCAGGCCGCGAACGCAGGCUUGGUUGGAAAGAGCCUAUCCACGUUCCCAACGCUCGUUAUGACGUUGCUGUAUGUUUAGACGUGAAGAGUUUGACGCAUUGCUUCCUGCAUGUGAGGUUGGGUGUUGUGAGUGUUGGUCGCAUGGCGCGGAAUCGGGGGCUUCCUCGGGCAAAACAGAAGUCUUGCGGUGUACAAGGAAUCGUGCCACACCCCCUUCUUUGCGGCACCCCACCUCACAACAUGCCGGUCACCGCCCUCACCGCGCAUCCUCCCACCCUGCCCCUCCCUCCUCUCCCUCCUCUGCCCUCCUCUGCCCUCCUCUCCCUCCUCUCCCUCCUCUCCCUCCUCUCCCUCCUCUCCCUCCUCUGCCCUCCUCUGCCCUCCUCUGCCCUCCUCUCCCUCCUCUCCCUCCUCUGCCCUCCUCUGCCCUCCUCUGCCCUCCUCUGCCCUCCUCUCCCUCCUCUGCCCCCCCCCCCGCGCAGGCUGCACUGGAGGCCGCGCGACGUGCCGUGUUGGAGGAGAUCGCUGCGGGAGGAGGGGGAGGUGGCAGCCGGAGGGAGAGCGGCACCGGCAGUGGCGGCAGCAGCAGGCGGACGAGUGCCACAGGGGGCGGUGGAGGCGGGGGCGGCGGAGGCAGCCGGAGGGAGAGCGGCAGCGGAGGCGGGCUGGGGCUGGAGAGCCCUCUGCUGCAAUCCCCCACCAGGCCCGGCCGGAGCAGCUUCCUGCGCCGCAGCGGCGACGGCAGCUACAGCCCUCCUGGCAGCUACAGCCCCCCUGGUAUGAGGGGUAGCGGCAGCAGCAACCGCAUCAGCAGCAGCAACCGCAUCAGCAGCAGCGGCAGCAGCAGCAACAGCAGCGUCCUGGACACCCCUCCGACCACUCCGUCUCGUCCCGCAGUCAGCCCCACGACUGCUGCUGGUGCUGGCGGUGCUGUCACCGGUGGUGCUGCUGCCGGUGCUGCUGCCGCCGUGUCGCCUGCAGCAGCUGCUACCCCUGCCACACCUCAACACCAGCAGCAACAGCCGCCGGUGGUGCUGGAUGCAGCGGUGUACGGCAACUCAGCUCUGGUGUACGACAUGCUGCUGAGUGCGACCCAGGGGGAGACGUACAGGUUGUCCGCAGCGGAUGCGGAGGCGGCUUGGAGCCGAGCAGUGACAGCGGUGGAGCAGGACCUCUCUGGUGUGGCGUUGCUGCCCCCCAGCCCCCUCCCGGACUCCCCCGAGCUGCAGUCGCUGGGGCAGGAGCAGCUCAUACGGGAGCUGCGGAGCAGGACCGCUGCGAUCGCUGAGUGCGCCUUCUGGGACAAUGUCACCGCCGCCCUUGCCGCCGCACUGCGACCGCCGCACCAAAACGAAGCAACAGCGGCCAACGGCAGCGGAGAUGUGGGGAUGACCCAUGGGUCGCUGACCCAUGGGUCAUCGGCACCAACAGCGAGCGCUACUCCUGCUGCUGAAGCGUCCGCCGGCAGUCGUCUGGCGGCUAUGUUGGCCCCGCUGCUGAGCGGAGUGGCGGAGGAGGUGGCGGGGCUGGUGGGCGGCGGGCAGCAGGCUGCCGCCCUCCGAUCGGAGUUCUCGGAAGCUGCUCUGAGAGCCCACAUGGUGCCUCCGUCGGCGCCAUCGCCGUCACUGCCGCCAGCAACGCCAACCGCCGCCGCCGCCGCAGUCAGCGCCGCCGUCGCUGACACCGUACGACGAGCCCUGAGCAUCCUAGAGCGGCUAGCGGCGGUGGUGGUGGCGGCGGGGGCGCCGGCGCGGGAGGCGGCGGCACUGGCGGCGCAUGCUGCCGUACGACAACAGCUUGUUGCCGCCGUCACGACGGCAGCGGAGGCGGAGGCGUUGACGGAGGCGGCGGCGCCGCCAGCGCUAGCUGUCGCCUUGGCUCGCGCUGCUCGGUUGCUGACGGCUCAAGUGAAGCUCAUGCGUGUGGAUGCAGCGAAUGGACGGCUGCAGGCCCUCGCAGCCAGCCUGCCCGGGGACACCGCAGUGGCCUACCUGAGGUCCAAAUUCGCAACGCUAUUCGGCCUGGAAGAGGCUGCUGGUCCUGCCGCUACUGCUACUGCUACUGCUCCUGCAGCCGCUCCUCCACCUGCUUUCCCGGGGGCCCAUUGUACGGCAGCUGCUGGAGGAGCCGGCGACGACGCAGCUGCCGCCGUACAAUCUCCCCAGAUCUCCUCGCCGCCGCCGCUGAUGUCAUCAGCGCCGCCGCCGCUGAUGUCAUCAGCGCCGCCGCCGCCAUCGGUUUCACCACCGCCGCCUCCACCGCUGCGAGCGCUGCUUCCACGCACGUUCGCCUGGCUCCUACGCAGUCGCGACGCUGCUGCCUCGCAGUGCGCCUACAUGCGAGGUCUGGGAAUAGACGUCGCGGCGACAGUAGCGGAGGUGGCGGCAGCAGCCGCCGCCGCUGGCAGCGCCAUUCCCGCGACGCUUCGAUCCGGUCUUCGAGCCCCGGCGGGAAGCAGCGGCACCGCCGCCUCCGCGGCGGCGGCGACGUCGGCGCAAGCGGCAAGGAUUCCAGCCGUACCGCCGCCGGUGCUGCCAGUAGGGCCCGACGGCGCCGUUGGCGCCCUUGGCGGCGGCGGUGACGCUUCAUCUUCCUCAAGCUCCUCUUGGCGUUGGCUUGUACGGAACGGCUUGGUGGCGCUGGUGACGGGUGUCGUACCUGCGGCGGGUCCGGAUCUUGCUGAGACGUGGGUGUGGGGCGGCGAGCGGCUGCAUGGGGUGCAGAACCUGUUCCAGCAGCUGGUGGUGGCUACUGCAGGUCUGCUCCUGGUGACCCAGUUCCGUUCCACAGCAGCCCCUUCGCCCGCCUCCUCCUCCACCUCAUCAUCCUCCUCGCUUCAUCCCUGGACUCCCGCCGCUCGCUCCGCCGCUGCCCGGCGGCUGCUGGUGCUGCUGGCCGACCCACGGGUCAGGCUGCCGCAUCUCGCCACUGAGCUGGCGCGGCUGGCGGGGGUGGCGGGGGAGGAGGCGGCGGAGGGACGACUGAGGAGCGCGUUUUUGUCCCUGGUGGACCCCGCCUCCCCCGGCUUCCGCUCCCUCACCUCCGCCCUCAGCGCUGCCCUGCUGCUGCACCUCACAUGCGGACCGCCACAUCCCACGAAUCAUGCAGCUGCUGACAACACUGCUUCGGGGGCUGCUUCUGGUGCUGCUGCUGGUGUGGCAGAUUCCCGGGGCGGCGCUAGCGGUGGUGGUGCCGGCAGCAGUAGUAACAGCACCGCAACCCCAGCAGCCGCAGCGACCCAUGGGUCAGCGGCGUCAGCUUCAGCAGCAGGUGGCGCUAUUCAGUUGCUGCUGGGUCGGGUGGGAGCGGCGGGUCUGGCUGCUGAUGUGGCAGCGCUGGGGGAGCAGUUGCUGGGGUUGGUUGCCGUACAUGAGGCCGUACAUGAGGGGGUGUACGGCAGGUUGGUUGGUGAGAUGGGGCUGUACGGCGAGGGAGGGGAGGAGCAGGAGGAGGCGGUGUUAGGAGGGCAAGAGGAGGUGAAGGAGGUAGGACCGCAGGUGCAGGAUGAGGAGGAGGAGAGCUUGCAGGAAGGCGACGAGAUUUAGGUUUUGGAGGCAGCACUGGGGGACGGAUGAUGGCGGUUGGAUAGGAUUGACGCGGCGAUGCAUGUGUCCUCCAGAUUGACUUUUUUCACAUACGUGUUAUGUGUACCUCGGGAGCUGUGUACGCCAAGUUAUAUGUUUCUGUACAUUCUCCUUUACACUGGGUAGUUACAACUGUUGUGCGAUGCCGUGUCCUAAUCCAUGUCUGGCCCUCUCCAGCACCAAGCGCACCCCUGAUUGUGUACCUGUAGUUGACCGCAAUGGAGCCGAGCUGCUGCACCCGUUGGUGGACGUCAAAAGGUUGACGGUUGUCAAGGUUAUGUACGUAUCCAGACCCCAAUUGAAUUGGGGUUCCUAUGUGGUCAUAUGAUGACCUACGAAAGGACGCAGAAUACCGGUAGUGUACAUAGCUGACAAUCCGUAACGUCAACGUAGCAGCCGCCUUGCUGUGAUUUAAUAUUACCGUUGAGUGCGGUACAUGUCGAGUGGCAACCGUUGAGGGUACCGUAGGCCUGUAACAGCGGGCGCGCAUGCCUGGCAACG